AUGUCUACGGCAGAUGUAGAAAGAUGUGAUCCAACAGAGGUUUAUGGUGGUGCUCAUUUGAUGAAUAUAACAUGUCCUCCAUUUACGGUAUACGAUCAUUACUUGGGAAGUUGUGUUCCAGCUUCACUAAUCCAAUUUGCAGAUCAGGAAAAUGAACCGGCCAUGUAUGCCAUCUACGGGUAUGUGCUUCUACUUCUCUCUCUCAUAGUAUUGCUAUCACAUGGAUUGGUCAUUUAUGUGCUGAAAGAACAGAAAAGUAAACGAGCAUCUGUCGAACCUUUACUAUUUAUGGCAAUAAGUGCUCUAUUUAUGGCAAUAGCUCCAUUACCAUUUACUAUAUAUUAUUAUAAUUUGGGACAUUUGGCUGACUUAAAUCAAACUUUACAUUUAUGUUACUUACAAAAGCUAUGUAUGGAAACAUUUCCAUUCUUUUUCAAUACACUUAUCACAUUUUUCACAAUGCUUCUAGGUAUUCAAAGAUUCAUUGCCAUUCAAUAUCCUCUGGAUUCAUUCCGUUGGUGUGCUCGACGACAAAUCCGUUUUUAUUCGAAAAUUAUAUUAUUUGUUUCAUGUAUAAUCACUCUUGUACACUACAUGUUUGAUAUUCGGGUCAUAUACCAUUUCUGCAUAACUAAUGGUCCACAAUCGUUAUGGGUUGCAAGAUGCUUCGUUGGCUAUUCUGAUGUCACAAGAUCUUUGGGUGCUGGAGUUCUUUCUACAAUUUUUGAUGUUUUCCGCAUUUGCAUAACACUUGUACCUUCUAUUUUCUUAUUGGUCAUCACAUUUUUACUAAUUCGAACUGUUAGGGCAACGGAUAAAACGUUCAUAGUUUCAAAAUCCAACAAGAAUAUUUCCACCAUCAAUCGACACAAAAAGAUAACAAGUGCUUCGCGUAAGACAACCGUUAUGCUGACCGUCAUCAUUGUGCUUUUCCUAGUCGGCCGUCUGCCUUCAACCAUCCUAAUUCUUGUAAUGAAAAUAGCGGAUUUCUUUGAAAUUCCAGCUCUUGAAAUAGUAUAUGAUGCCUAUCUGAGAGCUUUUACUAACAUUAUAAUGAUGACAGUUCAUCCAAUAUCUUUUGCAGUAUAUAUGCUCAUGUCACGGAGGUUCCGGGUAUCAUUACGACGAAAAUUGGGAUGGCGGUUCUUAGCUACGGAUGAGGAAUUACGAGCUUUCAAUUCAACCAAUCGAAUUCAUUCAAUUGGAGCAAAUAUUCGUUAUAAGGAGAGCACAUUCCCUCUUCUCAGUUACAGACUUGAAUCUGAAAACUCCUCCUAUCAAAUGACAACAAUUUGCUCUGCUAGACAGGAUUCAAGAAAAGGCGUAGCCUUCUCGCCAGAAAUUCCCGAAGAAGAAGAAAACCUCACGAAAGAGAUAACGAAACCCUUAUAA